GAGUUGUGCUUUAUUGAUUGAUUUUUGGAGGGAAAAGUUUAAAUCUGUGAGCUAUGUGAGAACCUUGUUCUUGGGUUGCAAAGAUGCACUUUAUAAUGGUGUCCAUGGGUCUUUCUGUAGUUAGUGGAACAUCUUUAGUAGGAUUUCGGAAAAUGGGUUUAUGGAAAUGGUGCAAAGAAACCCUAAUUUAGCUGGAAUUCUUGGGGGUUAAAAGAAGUGUAUGUGUCUGCAAUUUUUGGUGAAAUAAUUAGGUAAUGGACUUUUAGCAGCGGACAAUGCAACUGCCUAAUCAGCACCCACGGAUCAAUCUCAUUGAGUUGAAAGCUCAGUUAAUACAGAGAUUUGGGCCUGAGAGAUCGAAACAGUACUUCCAUUUUUUGAAUAAAUUGUUGAGCUUAAAGCUAAGCAAGGUUGAGUUCAAUAAGGUUUGUUUUCUUGUUCUUGGGAGAGAGAAUGUUAGACUACACAAUCUCUUAAUCUGUUCAAUAUUGAAAAAUGCUUGUAAUGCCAAAGUCCCUCCUCCACCUGGGACUAUUCAUGAGAGUCUGCAAACUGGGGAAGUUCUUUUGUCACCUCAGAAAGCUAGAUCUGGAGCAUCCAUCAGGCUUAUUGCCAAGGAUAUACAGAAGCCUCUGCAGCACCAUCAAGAAAUUUCGGGCAAAGCAAAUAAUGGAAGGGAUGCUCUGCUUCCCAACCCUGAGAUAAAGGGAUCAUUCAAUGGUUUUCCUUCUGAAGAUGGCAGAGAUCAAAGUGAAAUGUUGUUUGUUGAAGAUGGAAAAGAGACAUAUGCUAGAAGUUCAUUGCAAGCACCACCUGGAGUUCCAUUAUUCUCUAGGGGGACCCGAAGGUCUUUUCGUUUGGCAAGUAGUACUAGAUAUGCCAAGUCCUAUGACAUCGGUGGAUUGCUCGACGCUGAGUCAUUGAGGGAACACAUACAGCAAAUUGCUGCGCAGGAGGGUCUUGAAGGUGUGUCAAUGGACUGUGCCACUAUAUUGAAUAAUGGACUGGAUGUCUACUGAAAGAGGUUAAUAAGGAUGGCCAUUGAGCUAGCAGGAACCAGGCAUGGAUGCAGUUUGAGAAAAAACAAUACAAUGAAGCAUCAUUCCCGCAGGAAUCUUGUUAACAGUGUCUCAACGAGUCGCCAUAAACAGAUUCAAAAUAACAGUUGGUGUUUGGAAGCUAUAGAUGAACAUAGAUACUACAAACUGGUUUCUUUGCUGGAUUUCAAAUUGAACCCGCAGAGGCUUGGAGAGGACCGGCAGUACUGAUUGAGAAGUUAUACAUGCGAUCAUCCAAGGAGUAACACUUUGGGA